GGGAGCAGCUGGGUCACAGUUGAUAAAGACUCGCGCUCUUAGGAAGAGCUGAGCCACAGAGAGACUCCCCCGGACUCUGACCAAAGUAUUCUUCCCAGAAUGGGGACGGCCCUGAAGGUGCUGGUGCUGGCCCUCGGGAUGGACUACUGGCCUUGCUCGGGUUUCCCCGUGUACGACUACGAUCCCGCCUCCCUGCGGGAAGCCCUCAGCGCUGCGAUGGCCAAAGUGAACUCUCAGUCCCUGAGUCCGUACCUGUUCCGGGCCUUCCGGAGCUCCUUAAAGAGAGUCAAUGUUCUGGAUGAGGACAAUGUGAUCAUGGAUUUAGAGUUUGGCAUUCGAGAAACUACAUGCACGAGAGAUUCUGGAGCAGAUCCCUCUACCUGUGCCUUCCAGAGGGGCUACUACAUGCCCGUGGCUGCCUGCAGAGGCACGGUGCAGCUGUCAGCCCGGCAGGUGCAGGAGGCCUGGGUUCACUGCCACUGGGCCUCCACGUCCGAGUCUGACAGCAGUGAGGAGAUGAUUUUUGGGGACAUGAUGAGGUCCUAUAGAAGGAGAAACAAUUAUCUAUUUGGUCUCAUUCCUGAGGAACCCAGAAAUGAGCAAUUUUAUGAUGGGUCACUUGAUCUGAGGAGUUUUCCUCCUGGAUAUAGAAGGAACCCGAGCUACCGGCCCAGAGCAAGAGUCAGUCCUGGCUUUGAGUAACAGCCCUGAGCAAAACACGCACGGAGGGAAGAGAAGUUGCCGAGAAGGAAGACACAGCAAAUGGCAUGACUUCCCUGGUGAUCAGCUGUAGCCUGUAAUAAAUGCUUUCGUUUCCUCAUGA